AUGUCCAAGGUAAGCGUUCCACCAAAGGGUUCUAAUAAUCGUGGCGGGAUACCAGUUGGAGAGUCACGCAAUCCCAAGGUAUUCUUCGAUAUUUCCAUUGAUAACAAACCAUCCGGGAGAAUAGUUAUGGAGCUAUACGCAGAUACGGUACCUAAAACGGCUGAGAACUUUCGGGCUCUUUGUACUGGUGAGAAGGGUCGCGGCAAAAGCGGUAAGCCUCUACACUACAAGGGUUGUGUCUUUCACCGUGUUAUUCCAGGUUUCAUGCUUCAAGGUGGUGAUAUCACACGAGGAAAUGGCACCGGUGGAGAGUCUAUUUAUGGCACCAAAUUUCGUGAUGAAAGUUUUGCUGGAAAGGCUGGGAAACACACAGGGAUUGGUUGUCUCUCUAUGGCAAACGCCGGCCCCAACACGAAUGGCUCACAAUUCUUCAUUUGUACAGCAAAAACCCCGUGGCUGGACGGCAAACAUGUUGUCUUUGGAAGGGUUACAGAAGGUCUUGAUGUCGUAAAGAAGGUUGAACGGCUGGGAUCAGAAUCUGGAAAGACACGUGCCCGUAUUAUUAUAGCAGAUUGUGGUGAAGUUAAGGAAUCAAAUCCCAAAGAAAAAACGGAGAAAGAAAAACAGAAGAUUGUUCCUACAGAAACCACAUCAUCUGCAAAUCAUACCAUGGCAAAGAAGCGUUCCCGUGACACGGAUAAAGAUUCUGAUGAAGUAAAGAAGCGUAUUGAAGAAAAAAAAGCAAAAAUUGCUCGCCUUCGUGAGGAACUGGAGAAGUAG